GAGAAAAUUAUCACCUAGAUAAAUGCAAGAAAAUGUUACGUUGUUAAAAAAAUAUUCAUUGCCUUUUCGUGUAUUGUCUAUUAUCUUUAUUUCAUUUAUCUUCAUUUGAAAUCGAAAAAUGGCUGAGCAAAGACUGCGUAAAUAUUCCUUCUCUUGGAGAAUUGAAAACUUUGAUUAUUUAGUACAUUUUAACGCUUGUGACUUCAAUGCCUAUCUCGAAACCCCUGUAUUUAAAAUUGAGGUUUUGGGGGACAGUGAAUGGAUUAUGCGUCUUUACUCUAAAAUGUGCAAUCAAACGAAGACCUUUCGAGUAAUGUGCAAAUUGGAAAGACAUAACAAAACUACCAAAAGCCCCUCAUCAAAAUCCAAUAUUUUUAUAGAUUCUUACCUUGAGUACAAGCUGACUUCUAGCAGUGUUUUAAAGCAAACUCCUAUUGAACACAAAAAAUGUUUAUACGAAUCAUUACCAGAUUCUUAUAAACUAAUUGAAUUGAACGGUGUGCAAUUAACGGAAGAAACAAGAUUGGAAUCAAUUAUUUUACGCUGCCAAAUAGAAGACAGUAGUUUCAGGCAGUUACCAAUUUCCCAUGAAAACACAAUAAUGUGCUCUAACGCUAUUACGCUUAUUAAGUGUGUGCCUUAUCACUCAGUGUGGUCUUUAGAAUUCUCAAGUUUCGAAGAUUGGUCAGCAACUAAAAAAAUUGAGUUGGAAGGUAUUCCAAUCGAAGUUACUUUCACUUACUUCAAUGACAAACUUCAGAUUGAACUUUUUUCAAAUAUUGAAGAUAAUGCAACUCACUUUGUCCAAUGCUGGAUAAAGCUUUUAAAUAAUAUAAGAGGAUUCAUAGUGGCUUCAAAAACGGCUGAUCAUAACUUUAACAACAAAAGUAAAAUAUGGCAAUUUCCCACUUUUAUUUUUAAAAGCAAUUUAGAAGAAGCCACCUGUUUUGAUCUUGAAGAAAUAAGAAUUAAGUUUGGUAUUUCAUAUCAGUAUUCAUCUAAGAUGCUUGUUUGUGGAAAAGGUAGGUCAAAUGGCAAGAAUAAAGAACUGUUGAAUAACGAAACUAUACAUGAAUAUGAAAACUUUCCGGUGGUCUCCAAGAGCUCUGUUGGUUAUGAUGUAAACUGCGUGGAACAUUUGCAAUAUAAUUUUCAUCAACUACUACUUGAAAAAAAAUUUACUGAUGUCAAAUUGCGAGUUGAGAAAAAACUAUUUUUAGUUCACAAAUGCAUAUUGGCUGCUCGAUCUCCUGUUUUUUCUGCCAUAUUCGACCAGGACAUGGUAGAGAGCAAUACGGGCAUUGUGGAUAUCCUUGACGUAGAACCAGAGACAAUGGAAUACUUUUUAGAAUACAUUUAUGCGGGAACUCUUAAUGGAAUGAACCGUGAAAUGGCUUUAAACUUGUUAAUAGUUGCUGACAGGUAUCAAGUAGUACCGUUGGUGAACAAGUGUUCAGCAUUUUUGGAAUCUGUUCUUUCUCUAAAUAUUGUUUGCCGUAUUUUAUUUAUAGCUGACAUGAUAAAUCAUGAUUUUUUAAGAGAUUCUGCCGUGGACUAUAUCGUAAAUAAUUCCACAGAAACUCUGUCUUCGCCGGAGUGGAAUGAUUUGAUAAAAAGGAAUAUCACUUUGGCAACGAAAGUACUAUUCAGAAUAUCGAAAAAAUUUGACACAACCACAAAUAUGGACUGAGUUGUGUAUGAAGGACAGAACAACUUUCACAGAAGUUUGGCUAAAAAAAAUUAUUGCUAAUAUUAAUUCAGUUAUAUUCAAAGAUAUAUAUCAUCACGUUUCAUAAAUUGCAUAAACUAUAUCAACGAAAUUUUUUUUAUUUGAAUAAAUGAUGUUAUUUCCAUACAGAA